GCUGCUAGAGACAUCGUCCCAUCUUCAUUUCUGAGUGUGAUUAAACAGACUAGCUAGCUAAUACGAUCUCAGAAACCCGACAUGGCUGGCAGAAAGGCGCUAGAAAUCUAUGUGGAUUUGUUAUCACAGCCAUGCAGAGCAGUACAUAUUUUUCUGAAUCACAAUAAAAUACCACAUAAGGUGAAAAUGGUAGCCUUGCGAAAAGGUGAGCAUAAAACGCCAGAGUUUACCAGCUUCAAUCCUAUGCAGAAGGUACCAGUAAUGGUAGACAAUGGCUUUGUUCUGACAGAGAGUGAUGCCAUAUUGAAGUAUUUGGCCACCAACUACAAUGCUCCUGAGCACUGGUACCCCACACUACCAGAGAAAAGGGCAAGAGUUGAUGAGUACACAGCCUGGCACCACACUAACACACGGCCGUUUGCUGCCAAGGUCUUCAUUAUGGAGGUGUUACUGGCCCGCAUGAACGGGCAGCCCCCAGACCCUGAGAAGCUGCAGAGGGCUCUGGGGCAGAUGAACGAGAUGCUGGACAAGCUGGAGGACAUGUUCCUGAAGAGAAAGCCCUUCCUUUGUGGCGAUGACAUCACCCUGGCCGAUCUCCUGGCUAUCUGUGAGAUCAUGCAGCCUCUAGGUGGCGACAGAGACAUCCUGAAGGAGCGGCCCAAGCUCCUGGCUUGGAAAAGCAGGGUACAGUCGGUGUUGAAGGAUUCGUUUGAUGAGGCGCACGGAGUGCUUUACCGCGUCCGGGACAACUUCAGAGCAAAGCUAUGAGAGAAACCGGGGCUCAGUGAGAACCGAGAUUUCCUGCUGCUUCUUCUGAGCGGCUGGUGUGUGAAAUAAAUAUUAAACACGCAACAUGAGUGUGUGUGUGUGCACCUGGGGACACUGGUUAUAAUAAUGGGUUGUAAUUAUGGAAUUUUGUCUGUGGAGCAUCAAUGCCAUUUCAGAAUUUCCUUAUAAACUUGUUUAAUAAAGAGGCAUAAAAUAGACACUGAAUUAAUUUUUAAUGUAGGCUAAAAAGCUAUGUUGCUUUGGCUAAACGUGUCAAUACCUAUAAUAAAAUGUCAUUAUUAUCCAAUUGGCACCAAGGUGAAAUACUUAAAAGGUGAGAACAGAACAAAAUGCUUGAAUGUGUGUGCAUUCUAAUAAAUGUAAACAUUGCCUGAAUCGAUUUAUACUGUAAUUUUAUUAAAAACAGCAAACUUUGUACAAAAUGUAUAAUUUAUUAAACAAAUCAAACAGGAA